GUAAUUUAGUUUCAGAUGCACAAAAAUACAAAGGUAAUAUGUAUGAAAUAUGCUCUACUAUUAUUAAAGAUGUAUGUGGAUAACAGUCAUUCAGUUUUUUUAUUGAAAAGAUUAUCUUUAUUACGUGAUCAUGAAGAAUUAUGUGAUAUAGAACUGAAAGUUGGAGAUAAUGGCACUUGCUUUUCUGCUCAUAAAGUUGUACUUGCAGCUGUAAGUGAUUACUUUAAAGCCAUGUUCAGUACAAAAAUGGAAGAAUCUUUUGUUAAAACAAUAAUUUUACACAAAACAGAUGAAAAAUCUGUGUCAAUACUUAUUGAUUUUGCAUAUACUGGACAUAUAUCAUUAUCUUCUAUAAAUGUUCAACCUUUAUUAGUUACAGCUAACAUGCUUGGUAUAUACCAAGUAGUGACAGCUUGUUGCAAUUUUCUUGAGAGUCAGAUGCAUGCUUCCAAUUGUUUGGGUUUUAUUGAAUUUGCAGAGAUUCACAGUCUUCAUGAAUUGAAGUCUUCAUCUUUAAAGUUUUCAGUUCAUAAUUUCUUAGACCUGAUGAAUUAUGAUGAAUACUUACAUACAAAUGGAAAUACAUUAAAACUUAUAAUUUCACAUGAUAGUUUAAAUGUCUCAUGUGAAGAAGAUAUAUUUUAUUUUAUAGAACAAUGGGUUUUAUAUGAUAAAGACUCAAGAAUUGAAGUAUUUUAUGAAUUGUUUAAUGAAAUUAGGCUGGACCAGCUUAGUACAAACUUUUUGUCAUACCUGCUUUUCCAUUCCUUGUUUUCUACAAAAGCUGGUUAUUUAUCUAAAUUAAAAAUUAAUAUGUUUUACAAUUUAAAAUCCAGUCCAUCUAGAAUGCUUUCCAAUGAACUCUGUUUAGCCAAAUCUAAAAGGAAUAGUAGUGACUGUGUUUUUUUAUCAGGAGGAAAAGAUGGUCUUUUAAACAAUUUAGUCUCCUGUACUCUCUACAAUUUAAAAAAAGAUACAUGGAUUGACUGUUCUCCUUUACCAACCCCAAGAAUUAAUGCUGCAGCAGUAGCAAAUAAUGGUGUGGUUUAUGUUGUUGGUGGCUAUAUACCUUACAGUACUUCUUUUUUGCCUACUUCAUCAAUGAUUAAAUAUUCAAUAUACACACAUACAUGGAAGUAUUCAUUAGAGAUGACAGAAAAACGUUCUGGUCAUGUUGCUGUUAAUAGUCAAGGCUUCAUCUAUGUAAUUGGAGGUUACGAUGGGCAAUCAUAUUUGAAGUCUGCAGAAAGGUUCAGCCCUUCAACAGAAAAAUGGGAAAAGAUCAAAGACAUGCAGUACAGUAGAGGAGCUGCAGCAGCAGUAACAUUAGAAGAAUAUAUUUAUGUAUUAGGGGGUCAAGGUAUUGCCCAUUUAUCUUCUGUAGAAAGGUACAACACUAUUAGCGGUCAAUGGGAGUUGAUGCCUGCUAUGAGUUGCAAAAGGAUUAAUUUUGGUGCUGCGCAAGUAAAUGGUUAUAUAUUUGUCGUAGGUGGCCAUGAUGGUACAAACUAUUUACGAAGUAUGGAAAGGUUUGAUCCAAUCUCAAAUGAAUGGGCUGUUGUUUCUUCAAUGUCUUCUCCUCGAACUGGUAUUGGUGUUUCUGUGCUUUAUAAAAAAUUGUAUGUUAUGGGUGGACACAAUGGGAGUCGUUACUUAGAUACCUGCUGCUCUUAUGAUCCAUUUACUGACAAAUGGGAAGAUAUUUGUUCAAUGAACACGCCUAGAUGUUACAUGUCUUAUACUGAUGUUUGUUUAAAUUUUUCUAGUUAAUAAACAUUAACAGUGUUUA